AUGCAGGUCCGCCACAGAAACACAGUCGAGCGUCUCGACAGACCGAGCGCAUACUACCACAACAGGAACAAGCGCAGAAGAAACGACCACCGCGAAGCCCGCGAAGCCCGCGACGCCGAAGACGAAGCCGCCUCCAAGAACGAGCCCCUCCCCGAGGACCCCCUCGCGAACGCCACGACCCUCUACGUCGGCAACCUCUCCUUCUACACCACUGAGGAGCAGGUCUACGAGCUCUUCUCAAAGUGCGGCGAGAUCAAGCGCCUCGUCAUGGGCCUCGACCGCUUCAACAAGACCCCUGCGGACGCUCUCGACUGCAUGAAGUACAUUGGCGGCACCAAGCUCGACGAGCGCGUCAUCCGCACCGAUCUGGAUCCCGGCUUCGAGGAGGGACGACAGUACGGCCGCGGCAAGAGCGGAGGACAGGUGCGCGACGAGUACCGCGAGGACUAUGACGAGGGACGCGGCGGGCUGGGCAGGGCCAUCCAGAUGCAGAGGGAUCGGGAUGACCGGAUGGGUGAUUAUGAAGAGACGCGAUGA